AUCCAGUCAGUCUGCAGCUUGGAGAAGCCAAGCCAAGCUCUCGCCCACCCUCCUGUGUUCGAAGUGUGCCACUCUAGCCUUUCACCAGCAACCAUGGCUGCCGUGGCAUCUUCGUCCGCUGUCCUCAGGAGCUCGUUCCUUGGCCAGAAUGUGGUCGCUCCCCGCGUGGAGUCCGCCUCCCGCACGGUGAUGACCCUCGGCAAGAAGAAGACCGUUGCCAAGAAGGCCGCUGCCGCUUCUCCUGUUGAUGCCGAGCUGGCCAAGUGGUAUGGCCCCGACCGCAGGACCUACCUCCCCGAGGGUCUCCUCGACAGGUCUGACAUCCCGUCCUACCUCACUGGCGAGGUUCCCGGCGACUAUGGCUACGAUCCCCUGGGUCUGAGCAAGAAGCCCGCUGACUUCGAGAAGUACCGCGCCAACGAGGUGAUCCACGGUCGCUGGGCCAUGCUCGGCGCCGCCGGCUUCAUCCUGCCCGAGGCCUUCAACAAGUACGUGCCCGGCGUGUGCGGCCCCGAGGCCGUGUGGUUCAAGACCGGCGCUCUGCUGCUCGAGGGCGACAGCAUCCAGUACCUGGGUGCUACCGUCCCCCUCAACCUGGCUGCCGCCACCAUCGCCGAGGUCCUCCUCGUCGGCGGUGCUGAGUACUACCGCGCCAAGAACGCCUCUCCCCUCGGCUCCGACCUCGACACCCUGUACCCCGGCGGUUCCUUCGAUCCCCUCGGCCUGUCCUCCGACCCCGACACCCUGGCUGUGCUGAAGGUGAAGGAGCUGAAGAACGGCCGUCUCGCCAUGUUCUCGAUGCUCGGAUUCUUCAUCCAGGCCAAGGUCACCGGUGAGGGCCCAGUGGAGAACCUGACCACCCACUUGAGCGACCCCUUCGGCAACAACCUCCUGACCGCGCUGGGCUCUGCUGCCGACCGUGCCCCCACUUUGUAAGGUGGAGAUACUUAGCAUUUUCAACCCGUUUUACAAUGAGCGCGUAUGCGCGAUUUUGAUGUAAAGGUCGUAUGGUGAAAAUGUGAAAAUGUUUCUACCACCCAUUGUUUUUGCAUACAAAGCUGGCUUUG